AUGUCUACAUCACUUGAUUCAGUGGUUGGAAAGCUUUUAGUACAGCAACAGGAGGCUGCUGAGCGCCAACAACAUCUAAUUGAAAAGCUCACCAAACUAAUGGAAAAUUCCUCCAACAAAGCUUCACAGGCACCACAGCAACAACUUCAAGCUGGACAACAAGAAGCAUUGAUGGAUGUAAUUGGAAAAAGCAUACACGAGUUUAGGUAUGAGCCUGAAAAUAACAGCACUUUUUCACAUUGGUACGGUCGCUACGAAAUGCAUUUCAAAGAGGAUGCAAAAACGCUUCCAGAUGAUUCGAAAGUACGGUUGUUGUUACGUAGACUUAGUCAACAAGUUUAUGAACGGUAUGCAGAUUGUAUCUUGCCAAGAAAACCACAAGAACUUAGAUUCGAGGACACAGUCACAGAACUCAAGAAGCUGUUUGACACGAAAGAAUCGCUGUUCAGCAUUCGCUACAAAUGCUUACAAAUUACCAAAAAUGAUGCUGAAGAUUUUAUUGCCUAUGCAGGCAAAGUAAACAAGCAAUGCGAGCAUUUUAAGCAUGCAGCCAUGUCGACAAAUCAAUUUAAAUGUUUGAUCUUUAUAAUUGGAUUAAAUUCAUCCACUUAUAAUGAUAUUCGUAGCAAAUUACUUACAAUGCUUGAUACAGAUGCUGAAAUAACACUAGAAAAAUUGAUCACAGAGACUCAACGAAUAUUGAUAGUGAAAAGUGAUUCGCACCUUUUAGAAGCAAAAGAUACAGCCAUCAAUGCUGUUUCUUCUAAAAAAAACACUCGCAAUCAAUUUUCAAGCAACAGCAUUAGUGAUCAUCAAAAAGUUCAGCAUAAACGUAUCGACGCACCAAGAAGACCAUGUUGGCAAUGUGGUGCCAUGCAUUUUGUAAAAGAUUGCACAUAUACACAACACAAGUGCAACAUUUGUAACAAGCAAGGGCAUAAGGAUGGCUAUUGUGCAUGUUUCCAGAAACAAACACAAGGGGAUUCACCUAACACCUCAAGGCCCAACACAGCAAAGCCCAAAAACGCUAACAACAAAUUCAACAGCAACAAAAAGCAAGCCUUCAGGCAAAAUGUUAUAAAAUCAAGUCCGCAUAGCACCAUACAUUGUGUUGGCAACUACACUUCGGACCGAAAGUUUGUCACAGUCGAAAUAUCUGCGAAGCAAAUUAAACUUCAAUUCGAUACAGCAGCAGACAUCACGAUUAUUUCGAAAACAAACUGGAUUAAAUUGGGUCGUCCUAAUCUACAGCCAUGUAAGCGCAGCGCAUCAGAUGCAUCACGAAAUAUACUUCCACUCAUCGGCAUGUUCACUACACAAAUCCGGCACAAGAACGAAGUAAAAAUAGCUACAGUUUAUGUAACAAGUCUUCCCAGUUUAAAUAUUUUCGGAAUUGACCUAAUUGAAAAAUUUGGCUACUGGAACUUACCCAUAAACUCUAUUUGCAACGCAAUCACAGCAGAUAUGAGUAAGGAUUUAGUUCUCAAAGAGGUCCAGCAAAAGUUUCCGGAUGUGGUUUCUUCAAAAACAGGCCACUGUACCAAAUUUCAAUUGCGGUUAGAGCUAAAACCUGAUUCCAAGCCCGUUUACAUUCCAAAAAGAGAUGUUCCAUAUGGAGUUGCAGAUCUAGUGGAAGCUGAAUUGAAGAGACUAGAAAACUCUGGUAUCAUAACACCAAUCACACACUCAGAUUGGGCAGCACCUAUUGUCGUGGUACGUAAACCUAACAAUAAAAUUCGUAUCUGUCCAGACUACUCCACAGGUUUAAACAACUGCUUGGAACCAAAUGCUCAUCCAAUUCCUACUCCGGAUGAAAUGUUUGCUAAGACAUCAAAUUGCACAAUAUUUAGCAACAUUGACCUUUCCGAUGCAUACAUGCAAUUUGAGGUAGAUGAUGAUUCGAAGAAACUUCUCACCAUGAACACACACAAGGGACUCUUCUUGAUGAAUCGUUUAGCUCCUGGAUCGAAGCCAGCAUCCGGACUGUUUCAAAGAGCAAUUGAAAUAAUUUUGCAAGGCAUUGAUGGAGUCGCUGCAUACCUUGACGACAUCUACAUCGCAACAAAAACAUUGCACGGGAACUACAACGUUGUUAUGGAAGUCAUAAAACGUCUUAAUGAUCAUGGCCUUACCAUCAACUGGUCAAAAUGUGAAUUAUUUAAGACAUCCAUCAAAUAUCUUGGACACAUAAUCGAUGCCAAUGGAAUUCGUCCAGAUCCAGCAAAAAUCGAUUCCAUUCAACGUAUGCCAAGACCAACCAACAUUUCUGAACUACGUUCUUUCCUGGGUGCAGUGAAUUAUUAUGGAAAAUUCAUUUCUAGCAUGAGACAGCUUCGACAUCCGCUUGAUGAAAUGCUGAAAGCAGACACUAGCUGGGAAUGGACCGACAAAUGUGAAAGUGCCUUCAAGAAAUUUAAAGAAAUUUUACUUUCCGACCUACUGCUUACACACUACGAUCCAACAAUUCCAAUCUUCGUAGCAGCAGACGCUUCAAUGGUAGGCAUCGGUGCUCAAAUCUUCCACAAAAUGCCUGAUGGAACAGAAAAAGUAAUAUACCAUGUCUCACGCGCACUCACACUUUCAGAGAAGCGUUAUAGUCAAAUUGAGAAGGAGGGUCUUGCUCUCGUUUUCGCAUGUAAAAAGUUCCACAAAAUGAUUUAUGGUCGUCAAUUUACUCUUCUUACGGAUCAUAAACCGCUUCUCAAAAUAUUUGGUUCAAAAAAGGGUAUUCCUACACACACCGCCAACCGGUUGCAGAGAUGGGCUCUCAUUCUUAUGAGCUAUGAUUUCCAAAUACAACAUGUUUCUACAAAGGAAUUUGGAAAUGUUGAUGUUUUGUCAAGACUCAUCGAUGGACAAAAGCAACAGAUCGAAGAAGAUUUCAUAGUGGCACAAAUCGAAAGUGAAAUAAAAACCAUUCUUGAAGACAACAUUGUUCACCUGCCAGUCACACUCAACAUGGUACGAAAAGAAACAAGCAAAGACACUACGCUUCUCAAAAUUUUCAAUUGCAUUGAAAAUGGUUGGCCAAAGUCUUCGAAGAACCUUCCUUUAGAUGUCAUUCCAUUUUUCAACCGACAUGAAACCAUCACCAUAGUAGAUAACUGCCUUAUGACAUUAGAUAGAGUUAUUAUUCCUGCCAUUUUUCAACGAAGGAUCCUGAAACAGCUACACAGAGGUCAUCAAGGAAUACAGCGCAUGAAAUCCAUAGCACGAUCAUACGUUUACUGGCCCAAAAUCGAUACUGACAUCGAGAACCAUGUCAAACAGUGUCAAAAUUGUGCAUCCGUUGCAAAAUCUCCGACAAAAACAGAACUCAGUUCUUGGCCAGUACCACAUGAACCCUUGGAGAGGAUUCACAUAGACAUCGGUGGACCAGUUCGAGGUAAAUAUUACUUAGUAAUGGUAGAUUCUUAUUCCAAAUGGCCAGAAGUAGCGCAAAUAACGACAAUAACAACAACUGAAAUAAUAAAUCAACUACACGAAUUUGUGAGCAGAUAUGGUCAACCAAAAACAAUUGUGUCUGACAACGGUACACAGUUUACCAGCUCCAAUUUCAAAAGAUUUUGCGAUGAAAGGGGAAUUCAGCAUAUCAGAACACCACCUUACCACCCGCAGUCCAAUGGGCAAGCUGAGCGCUUUGUUGACAUCAUAAAAAGAGCUCUAGCUAAAUCAUAUACCGAGUACUCCACGGAUGACAAAGCAAACUUGCUUGUAUUCCUUUCCCAGUAUCGUGCUACACCUAAUCCAAGCGCAUCUGAGGGUAAAUCACCGUCUGAAUGUUUCAUCGGUAGAAAACUUUCAACUCCUUUGGAUUUAUUGAAACCGAAAACAACAACAGAUCUAAUGAAGAAUUCAUCUAUGGAAGAAGCAUUCAACAAAAAACACGGGGCGAUACCAAGAUACUUCAAAGCAGGUGAUAAAGUAUUUGCAAAGACAUUCCAGCGUAACAAAAUGUUUUGGAGUUCUGGUGUGAUUAUCGAAAGAAUAGGCCAAGUGUUGUAUAACGUUCUAAUUCAAACAAAUCGACGAAACCAAUUGAUAAGAUCUCACACAAAUCAGCUGAAGCAACGUUUUACUGAAGAUAUGCCUACGGUCGACUCAUAUCCAACAAAUUUUGAGCCUGAUGAUAUUCAACCCACUACUGAAGACGUUUCUACUAGUCCCAAUUCUGAAGCAACUAGAAACCCGAUUGAACGCAAUGAAGAUGAACUUCAAGACUCCACUGCAUCAAGAUUAGAAGAGUUAACCAGUCCUGUACUACGCAGGUCUACAAGGAUAAGGCGUCCUCCGAUUCGCCUUGAUCUUUAA